GGAGGUGGGCGUCCAGCAUCCAGAGGCUAACUCUGGAUGUAGUCCCGACGGGGUCUUUUUGUGGGAUGCAGGGGUCAGAUGUCCCUUAGAAUGGGAACUAGCAUGCAGGUUGCUAUUCCCGGGCUCUGAUCAGUCUGUUUAUUUAUAGCGCUGGGGGGGAGGGCUCCCAACCCAGGCAGCAGAGAGGCUGUUCUGCUGCAAUGUCACUGUUAACACUGCCAUUGCAGACUGCCAGCACCUGCUGUUGCCGCGGAAGACAGAGGUCUCUCAGCUGGGCAGACCCCCAGGGUAGCUGGGCACAGGGUGAGGCUGGGAGGUAGAGAGCCGAUGGGCAGCACAAUGGAGCCCCCAGGAGCUGCAUACCUGCACUUAGGCGCUGUGACCUCGCCGGUGGGUACAGCCCGAAUGCUGCAGCUGGCCUUUGGCUGUACAACUUUCAGUUUGGUCGCUCACCGAGGUGGUUUUGGGGGUGUCCAGGGCACUUUCUGCAUGGCUGCUUGGGGCUUCUGUUUUGCCUUCUCAGUCCUGGUGGUAGCCUGUGAGUUCACAAAGCUCCACAGCUGCCUGCGCCUUUCCUGGGGCAACUUCACAGCAGCCUUCGCCAUGUUGGCGACCCUGCUGUGUGCCACGGCCGCUGUCAUCUACCCUCUGUACUUCACCCGGCUGGAGUGCCCACCUGAGCCUGACGGAUGCAUGGUCCGAAACUUCCGCCUGGCAGCCAGUGUCUUCGCAGGACUCCUCUUCCUGGCCUAUGCUGCCGAAGUGGCCCUGACUCGGGCACGGCCAGGUCAGGUAGCCAGCUAUAUGGCUACAGUGUCUGGGCUCCUUAAGAUCGUCCAGGCUUUUGUGGCCUGCAUCAUCUUUGGAGCACUUGUCCAUGAGAGUCGCUAUGGGCGCUAUGUGGCCACACAGUGGUGUGUGGCUGUCUACAGCCUGUGCUUCAUGGCCACGGUGGCUGUGGUGGUCCUAAGUGUGAUGGGACACACAGGGGGCCUGGGGUGCCCGUUUGACCGCCUAGUGGUAGUGUACACGUUCCUGGCUGUGCUCCUGUACCUCAGUGCUGCAGUCAUCUGGCCAGUCUUCUGUUUCGACCCCAAGUACGGGGAGCCAGGGCGGCCCUCGGACUGCCUUCGAGGCAGCUGCCCCUGGGACAGCCAGUUGGUGGUAGCUAUUUUCACCUACUUCAACCUGCUCCUUUACGUCGUUGACCUCGCUUACUCCCAGAGGAUCCGCUUCGUACCCACCCUGUAGCCUGGCCAGUGAUGGCCCACCCAUCUUCUCUCUCUGGCUGAGAGCACCUAUAACUGACCAAGGUGAACUAAGACAUAGGAAAGCAAGACGGGGUUUGGGGCUCAGACAAUUCUGCUCUUGGAUGUCUAGCACACUAAGGGAGGCAAAGAGGAAGGACAGAGGGACAGGAGGCCCUGAACAAGGAAGAGGGUGGCUAAUGACGCUCAGUCCUCCUGUCUCCCUGUUUCUCAGUCUUUUGGCCAUCAUUGGGCUCCGUGCUAGUCACUGUACCAAAUGGGGACUUUCUGGAGCAGAUACCAUUGUAAUCCAUUUUUCAGAUGGGAACAUUAAAGCUAAAUGAACUUCCAACGUGGGCCAGUCUUGAGAUAGCAUUUAGCUGGGGUAAUAUAAGUCAGAAAUCGGGCCACUUCCUGAGGUCGAAGUGGGUGGAAACCAAGUCAAGAGCACCAGGGCCAAGCCGUUGGAAGGAAUGUUGGAGCUGGAUCCAACUCUUUGCCUGAACCCAUAGAAGAGCCUCUUUGGGGAUGGUCGUGAUCGCUUGUAGAGAAAGCUGACAACUAGCAUGGGUCUCAGCUGUGUCUAAGUGUAUCCCAGUGGCCACAGCCAUUUGAAACAGAGAAAAGACUGUGUUGUGGUUUCCAGGUAGCCUGAUGUCAAAAGUCAGCAUAGAAUCAUCAUGGAAAGAUGAUCUCAUGACAGCGAUGGAGUAUCCGUCCAGACACCCAACACAGACCAUGGCCCAGAAGCCUCUGAGGUGUCUACCAUGGGUUCUGGCAGGCUGGCUUGGUUGGCAGCAUUGACUCACAGUGAAGAGCCUCUUGGAGCAGCCACUAGUUCAUGGAACCUGGUCACUGGGCCUCCACUCAAACAUCUAGUUAGCCAGCUGUUCCUGAACACCAGGACUUGCUAGCACCGGUAUUCUUCCAUCUCAAGCCAGCUUCUCCUAUGCAAGAGCCCAGUCUGGACUAAUCCUGAGAAGACCAUCAACCCAUCAACUGACUGUCCCUCAGGUCCUCCAGCAGAAAAUAAAAGGUGGAUGAUCGUUUUCA